UCCAGAGGAGGAAGGCAGAAUGCACUUAUUCAUUCCUGGGUAGGUGUGCAAUUUUCACAUUUUAGACUCACAGAUCCUGAACAGAACAGGUAACAAUAUCAAGAACCCUUCCAGAAUCCGAAUUUCUGAAUCUGCUCUGCUGCUUCAAGAGGCUUCAAAAACAUCUCCUGACAAUGGGAAACUGGCUGGUUAACCACUGGUUUUCAGUUUUAAUUUUGGUUGUUUGGAUAGGACUGAAUGUUUUUCUGUUUGUACAGACUUUCCUGAAAUAUGAGAAGUCUGAUGAGUACUACUACACAAGAGAAAUUCUUGGGACGGCAUUAGCUGUGGCCCGAGCCUCUGCUCGCUGCUUGAACUUUAACAGCAUGUUGAUCCUGGUUCCUGUGUGCCGAAAUCUGCUGUCCUUCCUAAGAGGCACCUGCUCAUUUUGCAAUCGCACAUUGAGAAAGCCUUUGGAUCAAAACCUCACCUUCCAUAAGCUGGUGGCAUAUGCGAUCUGCAUAUUCACAGCUAUCCAUAUAAUUGCACACUUGUUUAAUUUUGAACGCUACCACACAAGCCAACAGGCCAAAGAUGGAUCCCUUGCCUCUGUGCUGUCCGGUCUAUCUCAUCAUGAGAAAUAUGGGGGUUCUUGGCUAAAUCCUUUCCAGUCCCCAAACAUGACUGUGUUGUAUGUGACAUUCACCAGCAUUGCUGGUCUCACUGGAGUGAUUGGAACAGUAGCCUUGAUUCUCAUGGUAACUUCAGCUAUGGAGUUUAUUCGAAGGCAUUAUUUUGAGCUCUUCUGGUUUACACAUCACCUUUUUAUCGUCUAUUUCCUCUGCUUAGCACUUCAUGGCUUUGGAAGAAUUGUCCGGGGUCAAACGAAGGAUAGCAUGAAGGAGAGUCAUCCGCACAAGUGUGCACAGUCUUUUGAGAAGUGGGAUCAUCAUGACUCUCACUGCAGGCCCCCUCAAUUUGAGGGGAAUCCCCCUGAGUCUUGGAAGUGGAUUGUUGCACCAGUGAUUCUAUAUAUCUUUGAGAGGAUCCUCCGUCUUCUUCGAUCCCAGCAAAGGGUUAUGAUUACCAAGGUAGUCAUGCACCCAUCUAAAGUCUUGGAAUUACAGAUGACCAAGCAGGGAUUUAGCAUGGAAGUAGGACAAUAUAUUUUUGUUAAAUGCCCCUCAAUCUCUCUCCUGGAGUGGCAUCCCUUUACUUUGACCUCUGCUCCAGAGGAAGAUUUCUUCUCUAUUCAUGUUCGAGCAGCAGGGGACUGGACAGAAAACCUCAUAAGAGCAUUUGAACAGCACCAUUCACCAGUUCCCAGGAUCCAGGUGGAUGGUCCUUUUGGUACAGUUAGUGAAGAUGUUUUCCAGUACGAAGUGGCUGUGCUGGUUGGGGCAGGAAUUGGGGUCACUCCCUUUGCUUCCAUCUUGAAAUCCAUCUGGUAUAAAUUCCAGCGUGCAGACCACAACCUCAAAAUACAGAAGAUUUAUUUCUACUGGAUCUGCAGGGAGACAGGUGCCUUUUCCUGGUUCAAUGACUUAAUGAUUUCCCUGGAACAGGAGAUGGAAGAAUUAGGCAAAGUAGGCUUUCUAAACUACAGGCUCUUUCUCACUGGAUGGGAUAGCAACAUUGCUGGUCAUGCAGCAUUAAACUUUGACAAAGCUACUGACAUCCUGACAGGUCUGAAACAGAAAACCUACUUUGGGAGACCAAAAUGGGAGAAUGAAUUUUCUACCAUAGCUACUGCCCACCCCAAGUCUGUGGUGGGGGUUUUCUUAUGUGGUCCUCAGACUCUGGCAAAGAACCUGCGCAAAUGCUGUCACCGAUAUUCCAGUCUAGAUCCUAGGAAGGUUCAAUUCUACUUCAACAAGGAAAACUUCUGAACUACAGAAAAAAACACAGUAGUCUUGUUUCUCCUUUGUAUCCCUCAACAGACUCCUUUUCUAUCAGGUUUGGGCAGUGAAUUUAAAAUACUGUACCUCUCAAGCCUCGACUCCACGGCAUUAAAAAAAAAUGUCACUUAACUUCAUACUUGAGCUUCACCAACUGAAGAACUUAAGACGUCAUAAUAACUACAAAGUUCAUGGAUCCUUUCUUGGGAAAAUAAUACAAAAUUCUUGUGAAAAGCUAUGACUGCAGCAAACCUUGACAGCAGAACUUUGGAGGCCGAGUUACAUAAAUGAACCAUACUCAACUUUGUGACUCCAGUUUCUACAAUUUGGUUCAUAAUCUUCCCACCACCCUCCUUCCCUCACAGAAGAUAUCUAAGUAGGGUGACUUUUAGAAUAAAAAUUUAUUGAAUUAGCAACAAAACAUAAUAACCAUAAAUAAUAAACAGUAAACAUAAAAUUCCCAAGAACCCUCUUCUCCAUAUAAUACCAACAGGGUACAUUUUGUAACUUUAAUCAUUUUAUUCUGCACGAACAGCCAACUUAACACUUCAUUUUUGUCAAAAAACGAGAUUUUCUUUGCUUAAGGAGUAAGUCCUUUGUUCCUUUUUCCUGGGUUUUCCCAUUGAGAAAGAAAAUCUUAAAAUAUGCUGAUUGUAAUUAAAAUUAUAACAAAAA